AUGGGCGAUGACAUCUUACAGGGUGUAGCCGAGUUACGGCCCGGCACCCCUCAGGCACGCUCACGCGCCCUGAACCUCCUACUGAAGGAGGCGAGCCGCAUGUUCCCGUCGCCCCAGGCCAGCCAAGAAGGGACACCUAAGCGGCUCUCGCCCACCUUCCUCAAAGGAGCCGCACUGAGAACCCGCGGUGCCCGCAGGAUCCCGCGGCGGCACCUCAAAAUGACCGAGCUGCAAAGCCCGGCCGAACGGGACGACACCACCUCUUCGUCGUCCCCAUCAAGCAGCCACACGAACUCCUCAUCGCCAGCUGACGGCGUCGACUCCGCCGCAUCAUCGACGACCAGCAGGCCGUCGUCUCCCUCCGACGGCUCCUCUACCUGCUCGCCGGCAGCCUCCCCCCUGGGCCUCGGAGGCGAAACAAGGGAAGAAGACGAGCCGCCGCCUACCACCGAGGGGGACCCUGGAACGUCUGAGCAACCCCAACCCCGCGACAGCCACACGCCGUCGCCUUCCUCAGCCCCACGUGGGGAGGCGGCGGCGGACGGCACUGCGGGACACGAAGCCGCGGAGCUCGGACGUUCCCCCGCCACCCCACUCGAUGGCGAGCACACGAUGGCCGCCGAGUCACUCCCGCGGGCGGCCGGGGAUGAAGGCGCGGGCGGGUGUCAUGGCGUACCUGCCCCCGACAACGAGAGCAGCACCCCCCGAUCGCCGGCUGCCUCGUCCUCCUCGCGGAUCGCCGGGGCGGACGGCGCCGCAGGGCAGCAACAGCGCGGCUUCUCUGCAUUCCUGCCACCCAUCCCCGAGGUCGUUGAACCAGAGGAGAGCCGACCCCCGUGCGCCAUCGUGUCGGGCGCCGGCCCAGCGGCUGCGCCGGCUUCUGGCACCACGGCGCAUGCGCCGACAAGCCCCUCCCACCUGCGGCCUGUAGCAGACGACGGAGCAAACGGGGGCCCCUCUCCGCUCGCUCCCUCGCAGCGGCUCAGCGCGUCAUCUCCCCCGCGCGCUGCAAAGCAGAAAAAAAAAGAAAAAGAAGGGGAAAAACCGCAACAGCCGCGCGCGCUCGGGCGCUUCUGCUGCGGGCCAUGA